AUGCAGGAGGGUUAUUAUGAUAAUGAGUCAAAGACUGAACUCUGUGCAUUUGACAUAAAAACGUGCAUGUGGAAAAUCAAAGUUCAUAGAACAUCUAGAUUAUGUGACAUUAAUGCAUUUAGAGAACAGGCAGCACUAUACAAUUCUAAUGUUCAUAGUUUUAUCUCUGAAGGAUUAGCACUUGUUGAGGAAGGAACUUCAAGCAAUGAAGAAAUUGAAUUAAAUAAAUGGUUUUACGAAUUAUCAAAAAUUAUUUUACAAUCACUCACUUUAAUGUAG